AUGGCAAGCGACGAUAAAAUGAAUAUAGAUAGCAUAAUUGCGCGCCUUUUAGAAGUUCGGCGCAUCAGACCCGGUCGAAAUGUUCAAUUAAACGAAUCAGAAAUCCGUGGACUCUGCCUUAAAUCACGGGAAAUAUUCUUAAGCCAGCCAAUACUUCUCGAGCUUGAAGCACCUCUUAAAAUUUGUGGAGACAUUCAUGGACAAUACUAUGAUUUAUUGCGACUCUUCGAGUACGGAGCUUUCCCUCCAGAAGCCAACUACCUCUUUCUUGGUGAUUACGUUGAUCGUGGAAAGCAAUCGCUUGAGACCAUUUGUUUGCUUCUCGCUUAUAAAAUCAAAUAUCCUGAAAAUUUCUUCUUGCUUCGAGGCAAUCAUGAAUGUGCUUCUAUCAACAGAAUUUACGGAUUUUAUGAUGAAUGCAAACGCCGUUACAAUAUCAAACUUUGGAAGACCUUCACUGAUUGUUUCAACUGCCUCCCAAUCGUUGCAAUCAUUGAUGAGAAAAUCUUUUGUUGCCAUGGCGGACUCUCACCAGAUUUACUAAACAUGGAACAGAUUCGGCGCAUCAUGCGUCCAACAGACGUUCCUGAACAGGGUCUACUCUGCGAUUUGCUUUGGUCCGAUCCCGAUAAGGAUGUCUCCGGUUGGGGCGAGAAUGAUCGCGGCGUCAGUUACACAUUCGGCACGGAUAUGGUAGCCAAAUUCCUCCAGAAACACGACCUUGAUCUUAUCUGCAGGGCGCACCAGGUGGUUGAGGAUGGUUAUGAGUUCUUUGCCAAGCGACAGCUAGUUACCCUCUUCUCCGCGCCCAAUUACUGUGGUGAAUUCGAUAAUGCUGGAGCUAUGAUGUCUGUAGACGAAACGCUCCUCUGCUCUUUCCAGAUCCUUCGACCGGCAGAAAAGAAAAAGCCAUACACAACUCUGGGAGGAGGCAGUAGACCAAUGACACCUCCACGAGGAACGAAGCCCAAGGGGAAAUAA